AUGAAAAUUUCCAAUCAGAAAACAUCUAGGAAGUUUUUAGAAGCAUAUAUGUUCCCACCAGAAAAAGGUCUUGAAAAUAAAUGUUCUGUCACAGGUCCAGCUAAAACCUCUUGGAAAGAAAAAGGAAUAUAUGGGAUAGUUAAAAGUAGAAUAGAUGCUGGCGGAUCUAUCUCAAUAACAAGUACAAUCGAAGAUGUUUGUUCGAAAAAAUAUGAUUCUAUCUGCUUCAAUUAUAAUUCUCUAAAUUCGAAGCAGAAAGCCAUUAAAUUGUAUAUGAAUUCGUUUUAUGGUGUAAUUGGCCAAAGUGACUUCCCAUUCUAUAUACUUGAACUCGCUGGGGGUGUUACUUCAGCUGAGCGAGAAAAUAUCAAACUCGUUGCAGAAUUCGUGAAAAAGAAAGGUUUUGGAAUAAAAUAUGGUGAUACUGAUUCCCUAUAUUUCACUUGUCCAGAUUUCUAUUAUGAGAAAUGUGAUCUAUCUUACAAUGUUGGGAAAGGCGUAAUCUCAAAACAAGAGUACUGGACUGAAAUGGUCAAAAUUACUAUGGAAAUUAUGGAAAAAUUGUGCAAUGAAAUAAACAACUUUCUUAGGUUAAAAACCAGAUCAGAUUAUCUCAAAAUAGCUUAUGAAGAA